UUUGAAGAUGAUUUGGCUGCCUUGGAGAUUUGGAGAUCUGAUGCCACGAUGAGGACUCACACACGGGGAGCCCCCAGUGUGUUUUUCAUACAUUUGCUCUGCUUCGUGUCAGCCUACAUCACCGACGAGAACCCAGAAGUCAUGAUUCCUUUCACGAAUGCCAACUACGACAGCCACCCUAUGCUGUACUUCUCCAGGGCCGAGGUUGAGGAGCUCCAGCUCAGGGCCUCGAGCUCACACAAGCACAUCGCCGCCCAGCUCACUGAGGCUGUGCACACCAUGCUGUCCAGCCCCUUGGAGUACCUCCCUCCCUGGGAUCCCAAGGACUACAGUGCGCGCUGGAAUGAAAUCUAUGGGAACAACCUGGGGGCCCUGGCAAUGUUCUGUGUGCUGUAUCCUGACAGCAUUGAAGCCCGAGACAUGGCCAAAGACUACAUGGAGAGGAUGGCAGCGCAGCCUAGUUGGUUGGUGAAAGAUGCUCCUUGGGAUGAAGUCCCACUGGCUCAUUCCCUGGUGGGUUUUGCCACUGCUUAUGACUUCUUGUACAACUACCUGAGCAAGACACAACAGGAGAAGUUUCUUGAAGUGAUUGCCAAUGCCUCGGGCUACAUGUAUGAAACUUCAUACCGGAGAGGAUGGGGCUUUCAAUACCUGCACAAUCAUCAGCCCACCAACUGCAUGGCUUUACUCACAGGAAGCCUAAUUCUGAUGAAUCAAGGGUACUUACAAGAGGCCUACUUGUGGACCAAACAAGUUCUGACCAUCAUGGAGAAAUCUCUGGUCCUGCUCAGAGAGGUGACAGAUGGGUCCCUCUACGAAGGAGUUGCCUAUGGCAGCUAUACCACCAGAUCACUCUUCCAGUACAUGUUUCUUGUUCAGAGACACUUUGACAUCAACCACUUCGGCCAUCCAUGGCUUAAACAACACUUUGCCUUUAUGUAUAGAACCAUCUUGCCAGGAUUUCAAAGAACAGUGGCUAUUGCAGACUCAAAUUACAAUUGGUUUUAUGGUCCAGAAAGCCAAUUAGUGUUCUUGGAUAAAUUUGUCCUGCGUAAUGGCAGUGGAAACUGGCUGGCUGACCAAAUCAGGAGGAACCGUGUAGUGGAAGGCCCUGGAACACCCUCCAAAGGACAGCGCUGGUGCACUCUGCACACAGAGUUUCUCUGGUAUGAUGCCAACUUGAAAUCGGUUCCUCCUCCAGAUUUUGGGACCCCUGUGUUGCAUUACUUUGAAGACUGGGGUGUUGUGACUUAUGGAAGUUCACUGCCUGCAGAAAUCAAUAGAUCUUUCCUUUCCUUCAAGUCGGGAAAACUUGGGGGACGUGCAAUAUACGACAUUGUCCACAGAAACAAAUAUAAAGAUUGGAUCAAAGGAUGGAGAAAUUUUAAUGCGGGGCAUGAGCAUCCAGACCAAAACUCAUUCACUUUUGCUCCCAAUGGAGUGCCUUUUAUUACUGAGGCCCUCUAUGGGCCAAAGUACACCUUCUUAAACAAUGUUCUGAUGUUUUCCCCUGCUGUGUCCAAGAGCUGCUUUUCUCCCUGGGAGGGUCAGGUCACAGAAGACUGUUCAUCCAAAUGGUCAAAAUACAAGCAUGACCAGGCAGCUAGCUGUCAGGGGAGAGUGGUGGCAGCCGUGGAGAAAGAUGGGGUGGUUUUUAUCCGAGGAGAAGGUGUGGGAGCCUAUAACCCUCAGCUGCACUUGAAGAACAUUCAGAGAAAUCUGAUCCUCCUGCACCCACAACUUCUCCUCCUUGUGGACCAAAUCCACCUGGGGGAGGAGAGUCCCCCGGAGACAGCAGCAAGUUUCUUCCACAAUGUGGAUGUGCCUUUUGAGGAGACAGCCGUGGAUGGGGUCCACGGGGCGUUCAUCAGACAACGUGAUGGCCUCUAUAAAAUGUACUGGAUGGACGAUACUGGCUACAGUGAGAAAGCAACCUUUGCCUCCGUGACAUACCCUCGGGGCUAUCCCUACAAUGGGACCAACUAUGUGAAUGUCACAAUGCACCUCCGAAGUCCCAUCACCAGGGCGGCUUACCUCUUCAUAGGGCCAUCUGUGGAUGUUCAGAGCUUUAGUAUCCACGGGGACUCUCAGCGACUGGACGUGUUCAUAACCUCCAGUGAACAUGCCUAUGCGGUUUACCUGUGGACAGGGGAGACCACAGGACAGUCUGCCUUUGCCCAGGUCAUUGCAGAUCAUCACAAAAUUCUGUUUGACCAGAAUUCAGCCAUCAAGAGCACCACUGUCCCCGAGGUGAAGGACUACGCUGCUAUCGUGGAACGGAACUUGCAGCAUUUUAAGCCAGUGUUCCAGCUACUGGAGAAGCAGAUCCUGUCUCGAGUCCGGAACACAGCUAGCUUUAGGAAGACUGCUGAGCGCCUCCUGAGGUUCUCGGAUAAGAGACAGACGGAGGAGGCCAUCGACAGGAUCUUUGCCAUAUCGCAGCAACAGCAGCAGCAGCAGCAGCAACAAAGCAGAUUAAAGAAAAACCGAAGGGCAGGCAAGCGCUAUAAAUUUGUGGAUGCUGUCCCUGAUAUUUUUGCACAAAUUGAAGUCAAUGAAAAAAAAAUCCGUCAGAAAGCUCAGAUUUUGGCACAGAAAGAAGUACCCAUAGAUGAAGAUGAAGAAAUGAAAGACCUUUUAGAUUUUGCAGAUGUAACCUAUGAAAAGCACAAAAGUGGAGGCUCCAUGAACGGCCGUUUGGGGCAGGUACGGGUGGUGACAGCGACUCACAGCGGAGUGCCAUCCCUGUCUGCAUCCUAUACCAGACUGUUCUUGAUUCUGAACAUUGUGAUUUUCUUUGUCAUGUUAGCAAUGCAACUGACUUAUUUCCAGAGGGCCCAGAGCCUCCAUGGCCAGAGAUGUCUCUAUGCGGUUCUUCUCAUAGACAGCUGUAUUUUAUUGUGGUUAUACUCUUCCUGUUCCCAGUCACAGUGCUAGCACUGAAGCUAUCCAUGGUUUGAUCAUUUAUGACCAUAUUGCAAAAAUGUGUCAUUCAUUCGCCUCAAUUUCUUACUGCCCUUGCCCCCGACUUUAAGAAACAAAGGGAAGGCAUGAUUUCUCAAGAAAGGAGGGAUGUGGAGAAAUCAGAAUUGGAGCAGUGAAGAACUUACCAAAGGUAUAAUGGUAGCUUGGUUGUUCCCCAGUAUUUCUGGAACUAUUUGGCUUUGCUGAUUUAGCAGUCAGUAUAAUAUACUUGUAGAAGAAAGGAAAAAAAAUAUAUGUUUGAAGUAUUUUUUUUCUUAAGAUACAAAAAUUAGAACUGGGCUUAUUAUUAAUUUAAACUUGUUAGUAUUUUUCUUCUUACUUUUAUAGAGGAAAAGAAUGAAACACAAUUCCAAGAUAUCUAGGCUUUUAAAAUAGAAACAUCAGAUUUUUUUUACAAGAACUGGAUGACUAUUCAGAUAGCAUAAUAGAAAUGAUGACAGAUCAUUAAAACUCAAAAUAUAUUUCCAGUAGGAAACAUUUAAAAAAAUGAAUAUUUUCUUGAUGAAGUUGAUCUCUGAGAGCAUGUAAUUGGUUGAUUUUAUAUAUUCAGUGGCAUUUUAGUAAAUAAGACAAAUGCAGGUAAUUCAAUAUAUUUUCCUUUUGUGGGAAACUUUAUAGAUCCAAUGACUGUUUCAAAAUAAAAUAUUUGCUAUCCUAACUUCAGUACCAAAGAAUAUGAGAGCCUAAAAUUUGGAUAUGAUUCUUACAUUUUUAAUAGAAAUCUUUCAAGUUUAUUUUGCUAAAUAAACAUCAUAAUUGUGA